UUAACUGGAGUCGUGAACAAUUCAAGUUAUCAGAAUGGUAUAUAAUUUCAAGGUUUAUAAAAAGUGUUCUCCAAAUGGAAAGAUUACACUGUAUAUGCCGAAGCGAGACUUUGUGGAUCAUAUUUCUUAUGUUGAGCCCAUAGAUGGCAUUGUCGUCGUUGAUGAAGAAUACGUGCGUGGGCGCAAGGUGUUCGCUCAAGUUGUGUGUACCUUCCGGUAUGGCCGAGAGGAAGAUGAGGUCAUGGGGGUCAACUUCUACAAGGAACUCUACCUUGCUUCGGAACAGAUCUAUCCAGCACCAGAAAAGCGAGCCUAUGAUUUGACACGUACUCAGGAAAGGCUUCUAAAGAAAUUGGGACAGUUUGCCUUGCCCUUCCGUCUAUCAGUGCCAGCUGGAUCCCCUGGGUCGGUCACACUGCAGCCAGGGUUGGAAGACGAGGGUGAGCCGUGCGGUGUCCACUAUUACAUGAAGCUCUUUGUUGGAGACACUGAAAUUGACAGAUCUCACCGGAGGAGCACAGUGGCUCUGGGUAUUCGAAAGGUGCAGUUCGCUCCUAACAAGCCUGGCCCACAGCCAUGCACUUUGGUCAGAAAGGACUUUGUCCUGUCGCCUGGACAACUGGAGCUUGAACUAACCUUGGAUAAGCAGUUGUAUAUUCAUGGCGAGACGAUCGCGAUCAAUAUAAGCGUCCGUAACCAUAGCAACAAGGUUGUUAAGAAAAUCAAAGCCUGCAUCCUGCAGUCUGUCGAUGUGGUCCUCUUCCAGAAUGGACAGUACCGCAAUGUGGUAUGCAGCAUUGAGACUCAAGAUGGGUGUCCAUUGCAACCCGGGGCCACGAUGCAGAAAGUGGUACAACUUCGUCCGGAAUUAACGCCGUUGCGUGAUCGUCGCGGAUUAGCUCUGGAUGCCCAACUGAAACGCCAUGACAGCGCUCUGGCUUCCACCACUCUGCUUCUAGAACCAGAACAGCGUGAUGCCUUCGGUAUCAUUGUCAGCUACAGCGCCAAGGUGAAGUUGUAUCUUGGUGCUUUGAAUGGAGAGCUGAGUGCUGAGCUGCCAUUCAUAUUGAUGCAUCCAAAGGAGGGCCGUGCCAAACUGGUGCAAGCAGAUAGUCAGGUGGAUGUUGAAAUGUUCCGGCAGGAUACUGUGAUUCACCAGGAAAGCAUCGACGUUUACUGAUUCAAUCAUUGCAACGCAAGAGAUGUGGAGUUGGGGAUCUGCUUUGCCAAGACGUCAAAUUCGAAUAUAUACCUACUGAAUCCGUAUUAGGCCGGAAACGGAAACCUAAUUAAUUCUAUAUAAAAUUUAUUGAUACAAGACGAGAUAAAUUUGGACAUUUCUUAUACGACAGAUAUUAAAGAAUCUUUGUUCAGAUAAUCUCAUUAAAUUUAUAAUUUUACGCAGAUUUGAAGGAUUGAAGUCGUUAAUAUUCAUAUUAAUUUAAGCCGGCACUGGUAUUUUUAUUUAAUAAUUUCGUUGCUAAAAAGUUUUCAGCUUUUAUAUAUCAACAUAUAGACGUUGUUAGUUUCUUUUUUAAUAAAUAAUUUCUAGACAAUUCUCCGACUACGUAGUCAUCGGAGGUAUAUAAAUAGCUUACAUAAAUGGUUAACUCGGAUGAUAAAACACUACCUAUUUCUUUUAACUACUUUUUGUAUGACCUUUACAGCAAAUCCCAAAAAGAUGCCUCUUAAUUUAAUAUUGAACAUAACCUUUAAAUUCGUCUCCGUUACUUUUAUACCCAUAGCUUGCUCAGUGUUAAACCUAUCGUAUCCAUACAUUGGACAGUCGGCCAGAACAUGUAACACCGUCUGCUCAUCCGUAUCGCCACAAGGAUAGGCAGCACUUUGUUUAAUCCUGAAUCUGUAAAGGUACGACAAGAAUCCAUCGUGACCUGUCAACAUCUAACGUUGUUAGUUACAAAUACCGUUCUGUUUUGAUGGCCGGCUAUGACCAUGCGCUAACAAUGGACAUUUUAUGGCCUCUCUGUAAUUUCAUUUGUUACCCUAUCAUAUAAAUAGUACCGUCUACGUGCGAAUAAGUAAAUUAUAUUAUAUAUAAAUAGAUUAUAUUAUUACAAAAUAAUCUUCUCUAUGUAUUGGUAUUGGCAAAUGUUGUUUGUUGGACGUCUUGGUGGACAGAAAUAAGUUUCUUUAGUUUAUGUUUUCAAUGAUAAACUUUUAUUAAUUAAAAAUCAAAAUACAUGAACGUCACUAUGUUUUUGUCGAGGCAUAAGGUUAAAUAUUAUACUUAAUGAUGUACUAAUAAUACGAUACUCAAAGUACAGUGCCUAACUUAAUUUUAGUCACUUAUUGAUUGUUAAAAUUAUUAAACAUAUUAACGAUUAUAUUAUAUCAUAUAUACCUGAUAAAUUUAUUGAUAUAUACGAAUAAUUUCUCUUUUUCUAAUUCACUAUUGUAAUUGUAUUAUUAUUAUUGUUGGUCAAAGAAGUAAUUUAAAUAAAAAAAACUUCGAUUUUACAUUUAGAUAUAUUCUAAUAAAUAGUGACAAUUGAAGAGACCGACAAGAAAACAAUUGUGUCCUGAUGUAUCGCAUAGGUUCAUGAAAAAUAUUAGAAGAAUUAUUAUAAUGUACAUUAUACAUUAAUUUAAAUUAAAACCUAUUAAACACUAUUAGGUAUAUUAAUGAAUUUUAGUUUCCAUAUAUUUUAAUUUCAUAAUUUUUUUACAUUAUGAAAAUUGUUUUGUUAAUUAUAUGAUAAUAAAUUAGGUUUUUUAUUAUUAUUGAUUGAGUAAAUUUGGAAAUAAUAUCCGUGCCUUUAACGUAUUGUAUUGUAGUAAAUAGGAACAUUUGAGGAACAUAUAAGUACUCUGGAUUUGAUUAUAUUUACAAUAAUUAAUUUAUAUUCUAGUUUUAAGACAGAUAAUAACGUUAUUAUAUAAAAUGUAAUCGCUUGCUGAAAUAAAGUAUAUUUUCA